AAACACACAAAAAAGAACUUGGCCAGUAUCCAGCCAUCUUGACCCCACACUUGGUCAAUAACCCAUACAUCUCGAAAGGCAUCGGCUACUACCAAGUAACAGAAAGCUUUCCUUGAUGUCCUUUGCUUAAUUUUCAAUAAUGUUAGAAGACCUCAUGCAGUAACACUCUUUUUAGCAUAAGUUCAGGAUAUUAAAGAGAGUACCUUACUUGCUUAUUUUUGUGAUUCAAGAAAACGAAAUUUUGAUUUCUGUGAUCCGUGAUUUGUUAUUUUUUCCAUUCAUGAACUGUGCCAGAGACCCCACUGUAUGACCCUCAUUAGUGGAAUUGCUUUUACUAAUUACACAAUGUAAGUUAGAACUCCAAUUUUCUUGACUCCCACUGUUUUUUGUUAUCACUGUGGUUGCAAUAAUUAUUAUAACUUGUUACAAAGCUCCUUUUUUCUGUUAUUGUACUUCAGAUGCUUGCUGAGUCACUGUGUGCAAUCCUUCUGUUAGAGGAGAGCUCACCUCGUCAGGUUUUUACUGAGUUCAUCUUGUCAAGAAAGGCUACAUUACAAGAGAUAUUUCAUCCAUGUCAACAUGCUACAAGUAUCAAAUCUCAAGUGUGUGAAGUUGUACGAGUCAUUCAAACAAGUCUUUACCAAAUCCAUGCCCUGUUUUAUUGUGACAAUGAUAGUGGAGAAAAGGAGUUGCAAGAUAACCCAGCACUUGUAUUCAAAACGCUUGGUAAGAUUGCAAAACGAGAGACUUCUCCAAACAGUGAUGAGGAGGCUCUGGAGGCAUUGUUUGGUCCAGACUUUGAUUUAGUAACCAGUGCAAGAUUCCUUCCCAAGACUGUACUAGGUUACAGACCACAUGUGAGGGCAUUUCCAUCUGUGAUAUCCAGAAAGAAUAUUCAGCACAACUGUGCAGAAUGGAUUUCAAUGUGUAUCAAGGAUGUCACUGCUGGAGUCAACAAUUUGCUUAAAUACAUAGGUAGCCUCAAAGGCUUGGCCUCUAUACGAGAUGCUGUGUGGGACCUACUGAAUGAGGUCACCACAGAGAUAGCAGGCAUGUCAUCAUCAGCAGGCGGCAGUGACCACACCCUAGACUGGUCAACUCUUUGUACCCAAGUAUUGGGAAGGAAUUUAUCCAUUUGGGAUGAAUUUCUUCAACCCCUCUUUCUCUCUAGAGCCAAGGAUAUCUUGAAAGGUCUGUUUGAUGCCACGAUUUCAUCUUGUAAGAACAUGAUAACCAAAUCACAAGACGACAUCUCUGACUCUGACACCUCUGCCACUGAUGCAGCUGUGCUCUGGGAAAGGGACAUUGCCCAGUAUGUGUGGCAAGAGAGUCCAAAUGAUGUUCCUAAACCCAUGUGGGGAUCACAGAAAAAGGGUGCAACACAUUGUGAACAGGAAAGUGGACUUACACUUAAGGCCCGUGUCUGCACUCCUGCUGUACAGAGAUUGUGUAAAGCAGUUGAUGACAAAUUAGCAGCAACUCUUGAAGAUGCCCAACAUUUCAUUUUGGAUGGUCAAAAAGCUCAAGGUCCUGAGGUCACCAAAAGAACUUCAGUGAUCAAAGUCUCUGACUUAUCCUCUCUUACCAGAAAUAAGACAAGUUCCAACGAAACAGACCCAUUUGAUCGGUUCGGUGAUUCUUGCCAGAUCCAAUCUUUUCUUCAAGAAACCUGUUUUUCUGCAUUCAAUCAGUUAUUGCAGUAUAUUGAUGGUAUAAUAACCAGUCACAAAGACAAGUUAUUGUUGAAUUCAGACAAAGUUCUUGCAGGGAAACCACACUCAUUGUUCAACACAGUCUGCAUUGACAGAGUUCUGUUCCUUGGUCGAUUGUGUCAGUCUUUCACUGAGCAGUGCCCCAAUAUCAAGCUUGUUAUGGGAGGAGGAGGAGGAGGAGGAGAAGUGGAGGGUAAAGUUAGAGGAACACCAAGAACACUCAAGUCCUCUAGCUCAUUAAAGAAAAAGGAAGAACAAGUCAAAGACAACAAGAUGGUGGAACUUGCUAAUCUUCUCAAAGAGAGAUACUUUUCUGCAUAUAGGUUGUGGAAAGACUGGAUCUCCACGCUCUUUCUGUCUUCUUUAGAAGUGACCUUAAUUCGUGGUGGCAAAAAUGCAUCCUUGUUGUCAAUGACUAAUUGGGAAGCGGUCAAGAUUGAAGAGGAAUCAGAGGAAGGGAAGAAAGUAGAAUCUAUUAUAAGCGUUCCUACCCAGGUUUCAUCUCACGUAACAUCUUUGCUGUUCAGUCUUUGCCAAGAACUCAACAGAACUGGGGCGCAUGCCUUAGACAGGAAAUUGCUGCACGAGCUUGUCACGAGCCUAUCACAUGGAGUUCUAUUGACGCACGAGAAAUUAGUCCAGGAACACAAGUCGAAUUUAACUCAAAACCAGGCAUUGCAGAUAUUGUUCGACCUGAAAUUCAUUAUGUCCAUUCUCAUGGGGCGUGGUGAAAACGAGCGUUCUGAGUUUCCAGACCGCCUUGACCAAGUUACGGACACUCUGGAAAGCUGCGUGGACCCGUUUGAUCUGGACGUAUUUUCUCCUCACAUUUCAACAAACCUUAACAGGCAGCUUCAGAGAUGUGGGGUUUUAUUUGGCGUCUUAUCUAGUCUGGAUAAGCACUCCACUCACUCUUUUGGAGUGACACAGCGCCCUUCCCAAGGCUCUCACGACCAACACAAUGUUAUGCCGCUGGCUCCCAAUCCACCGCGAUUCACCCUGUUGCCCCUGAGCUCUCACUUAAGUGCAGGACUUGGCUACCAAACCGUAGAUCACGGCCAUGAACAGGUGCCUUUGAGUCAACAAGAAGACGCAAAAAAUGUCGUUACUCGAACAGCUUUCUUCAAACAUCACCAGUUUUUCAAUGUGAACUUUGAUGCGCGUCCAGGGCUAAAAGCAACGUGACUCUCUCUUUUGCAAUUAUAGAUAUGUUAAAAAUUGGAUGUAAAUUGUAAAUAGCAGCCAUUAUCAUCAAUAUAAGACAUAUGUUGGAAAGACUCAUUCAAAUAAUGCGCGACGUUUUAACCAUUGAAUAAGGGUGGUUUUUUUUGUGAUAUCUAUAACAAUCAAGAUCGAACGAAGUGACAGUUAUUGGGUCUGCGGCCUGCGCAUUUUACGGCAUUUGCUGUGGUCGUUUUCUCCUUCAGAUAUUCUUCAAAUACUCUUUCGGCUACUUAUGUCGGCUGCUUGUGUGUUGUUUUCAAUCUUCUACAUUUUUAUAACCCACUCAAAAUUUAUUAAGACGUUCACUGGCUAUAUAAAGUUAAAACUUUCGAACUUCGGCUGUCAGACUACGGCCUUCGAUGGAUAAAAAUGAAAAAAUGACAACUACAAAUAUAUACAAAAAUAGGUAGGACUAUAAAAAGAAUAUAUUAAAAUGGGAAAAAAUAUGUGUCAAUAAACUAAUUGUUCUUUUCUAAAAGAAUAGAAUAUUGAUUGGGGAGUGGUCUUGAAUUGUUGUCUGCAUGGUUAAUGGAAGCGGUGUGCCAUGAUCCUUGAGUCUUGCGAAUGCGGGAAGAACCCUAGUCAAUCACUGGAGAAUUAGUUAAGUCAAUAGAGUGAUUUGAAGACCAAGCGUGUCUAACGACGUUGAAACCUCUUGCUUAAGACUUCACAUUCCCCUUAUGUUCUUUUUUUCUAGUUUCAAAGCAUCUCCCAGUCUCGCUUACAUAACUCCAUGGGCAGUCGGCACAAGAUAUUUGGUAGACCACAUUUGGUUGAAGUUCAAUCGAAGGUCGGAAUUUAGGAGAGGGAAAUGCCUGUUGUAACAUGCAACUAAACUCUCGAGCACGAAACAAGGAAAAGAGGCUGAACUCAAUCAUGUCACCGAUGCUCUACUAUCGAACAAUUACCCCCAAAAUGUCAUCUCCAGCAUUCUAAAGAAGAAAUCGUCUAGAUUGUAGAAUACCGGGCCACUCAUUUACAUCUGACUGAAUUUGAAUGGUUCCUUUUGUUUCUAUAUGCUUCGUUCUUAGAAGCGUUGAGGGAUAUGUUAACAAGUGGCCCAGUAUUGUAAAAUCGCUCCAAAACAUGAUUUUCGAGACAUUACAACAGGCGUUUUCCUCUCCUAAAUCCCGACCUCCGAUUGAACUUCAACCAAAUGUGGUCUACAAAAUAUCUUGUGCCCGACCGCCCAUGGAGUUAUGUAGGCGAGACUGGCAGAUGCUUUGAAACUUGGAAAAAAGAACUCGUGAGGAAUGUGAAGACUUAUCAGUGCAAGACGUUCCAAUGUCGCAAACGCUUGGUCUUCAAAUCACUCUACUGACUUUAAUAAUUCUCCAGUGAUUGACAAGGGUUCUUCACGUAUUCGCAAGACGCUAGAAUCAUGGCACACCACUUCGAUCAAUCAUGCAGAUAACAAUUCUAGGCCGCUCCCCAAACAAUACUCUAUUCUUUUAAAAAAGUACAAUUAGUUUAUUGACACAUAUUUUUUUCCAUUUUAAUAUAUUCUUU